CCGGGUUUUUUAGAUCAUCUUCAGACCAAACUCGACCCGUUUCCCCCAAAUUCUCCUCAUGCAUAACCCUUUGCCAUAAAAUACACAGUGACACACACUAAGCUCACCAAUGGAGGUGGAAUUGGAGCCAAGAGUGAAGCCUUUACCAUUCAAAGUAAAGGCUAUUUCGCGAGAAUCACCCUCCCAGAAGGCCAGCCAUGUCUUGGAUACCGACCUCCGGAACCACUGGUCCACGGGGACCAACACCAAGGAAUGGAUCCUUCUUGAACUUGAUGAACCAUGCCUACUUUCACAUGUACGGAUGUACAAUAAAUCCGUGUUGGAAUGGGAAAUUUCAGUGGGCUUGCGAUACAAGCCAGAGACAUUUCUAAAAGUUCGACCCCGCUGUGAAGCACCUCGGCGAGACAUCGUUUACCCAAUGAACUACAGUCCCUGUCGCUUUGUUCGAAUAUCUUGUUUGCGGGGAAACCCGAUUGCUAUAUUUUUCAUUCAGUUGAUUGGGAUUUCUAUACCUGGUCUUGAACCAGAGUUUCAACCAAUUGUUAAUUACCUGCUUCCACACAUAAUGUCUCACAAGCAGGAUGCUCAUGAUAUGCAUCUCCAGUUGCUUCAGGGGAUGACUAGCCGAUUGGUGACCUUCCUUCCUCAGCUAGAGGUGGAUCUUAAUGGCUUUUCAGAAGCUGCCGAACCUACUUUAAGGUUUCUUGCUAUGCUCGUUGGUCCAUUUUAUCCAAUCCUACGUGUUGUAAAUGAAAGGGAAGCUGCUAAGGUUGCAGGCAAUGUUUCAGACUAUGAAGCUUCUAAGAAUAGUCAAGUUUCGGUGGCCUUCACUGUUUCCUCUAACUUUGAGCCAAGGAGAUUACGUAGUGCAUCUGCGUCUACCUUGCCCUCCUCCAGUUACUUGGUUUUUCGCCCAGAUGCAAUCUUCAUGUUGUUGAGGCUAGCUUAUAAAGAUCAGAACCUGGGAAAAGUUUGUGCAAUGGCAUCUCAAAUUCUGUUGAAGUUGACAGAUCCUGCAGAGCAAGAAGGUCCUAGUGCUGCCUCUGAUAUAGCCUCUGAUGAAGCAUCUAAAUCUGAAACUCAUGGGCCUCUCUCUUUUGUUGAUUACUCGACCUUGUUCGGAGAAGAAAUAAUCCCACCAGAUUGUAAUCCUGAGCCUAACUAUUUGAAUAUCUUGGAUAUUGCAACAGUGGAAGAAGGACUGUUGCACCUACUGUAUGCUUGUGCCUCCCAGCCUCGUCUCUGCAGCAAAUUGGCGGAUAGCAUUUCGGACUUUUGGUUGGCACUACCUCUAGUACAAGCACUGCUUCCAGCACUUCGUCCAAUUGUCAAUGGUCCAGAUCAAAUAGAUGAUUCCUUCUCACAAUGGAAACAACCUUUUGUGCAACGUGCCCUGUCAGAGGUUGUGGCAAUGUCAUCUUCAUCAGUUUAUCGUCCUCUUCUUCGUGCUUGUGCAGGCUACUUGGCAUCAUUUUCCCCUUCACAUGCUAAGGCAGCAUGUGUCCUUAUUGAUCUCUGCUCUUGUGUGCUAGCACCAUGGAUGGCUCAAGUGGUUGCGAAGAUUGACUUAGCUGUGGAGCUUGUGGAAGACCUUUUCACCGAAUUACAGGGUGCUCAAGUCUUAUUUGCUCGUGCACGUGCAGCCCUCAAGUAUUUAGUGUUGGCAUUAUCUGGGAAAGUGGAUGAUAUAAUGGCCAAAUACAAGGAUGUGAAGCACCAAAUUCUUUUUCUGGUAGAAAUGCUGGAACCUUUCCUGGAUCCGGCCAUGACUCCAGUGAAGAGUGUGAUAUCAUUUGGAAAUGUCUCUUCUACAUUUCUUGAAAAGCAGGAGCAUAACUGUGCAAUAGCACUGAACGUGAUCCGUGCUGCCACGAGAAAACCUGCUGUGCUUCCAUCCUUAGAAGCUGAGUGGAGGCGAGGAUCAGUUGCUCCCAGUGUACUUCUCUCAAUCCUAGAGCCUCACAUGCAGCUACCUGUGGGUAUUGACCUGCGCAAAUUUCCUGUUAGUGAAUCACCAGAGACACAGUCAUUAACUGUUUCAUCUUAUGCAUCUGUUUCCCAAAAUGGAGGAGCCUCUGCCAAGUCAAACAGUCAAGAUGAUAGUGAUGGAAGGACAGAUAAUUUUGAUAUCACAGGGAAGAUGGAUAUUACUGAGGAGUUAAAUGCUCUUUUUGCCCCAUCAGAAUUGGCUAGUUUGUCUCUCACAAAUGCUUCGUGCAGUGUAGACCUAAAACAGUCAGAUUCCGACUCUUGCAAUGUUAAUAUGGAGGGAAACAAUAUUCCAAAGGAUUCAAACAAGCAAUCACAAGAUAAUGUUCUACCAAAUAACAUUUUUGUGGUAGAAUACUCUAAUUUACAAGCUGAUUAUUUGCAGCUUAUCAACUAUCGAGACUGUGAGUUGAGGGCUUCUGAAUUUAGACGUUUUGCUCUUGAUCUGCAGUCUCAAAGUCCUCUUGCUCCAGAAGGUCAUAAUACUGCCAUAGAUGCUUUGCUCUUGGCAGCAGAGUGUUAUAUUAAUCCUUACUUUAUGAUGCCCUUCAGGAACACUUCUCAGGAUAUUAACAAAGGCAAUGUGAAUAGGAACUCUGAAAGCUAUGGACUGACAGAUGUCAGAAGGGUUCUAGAAAAGAAAGAUACCGAGUUGAAAAUAGUAGACGGUCUUGAAAGAAAAAGAGAUAAAGCUGUUCUUGAACUCCUGCUUGAGGCAGCAGAGUUGGAUAGAAAGUAUCAGAAAACAGCAUUGGAUGCGGAAAUUGAUACUUCACAUAUUGAAGAGCGCGAGGAAGUCAUAAGUUUGGCACCGGAUGGUAUUCUGUUUGCAGAUGCUAUCACCUUAGUGCGGCAGAAUCAAGCACUUUUGUGCAAUUUCUUAAUUCAGAGAUUACAAAGGAACGAGCAGUCUGUGCAUGAGAUUCUCAUGCAAUGUGUUUUGUUUGUGCUGCACUCAGCAACCAAACUGUUCUGUGCCCCUGAGAGUAUAGUUGAUAUAAUACUGAACUUUGCUGAAUUCUUCAAUGGGCUACUGAAAUCAAUUUAUUAUCAGUUCAAAGAAGGAAAUUUGCAGUUGGAUCAGAGCAAGCUGCAUGAGGUACAACGUCGAUGGGUGCUUCUUCGGAGAUUGGUAAUUGCUUCAAGUGGCACCGAUGAGGAAUCAAGUACCUCCAUAAGCGUUCAAAAUGGUUUCCGGCUUGCAAACCUUAUUCCACCAUCAGCGUGGCUGCAGAAAGUAUCUGUAUUCUCUUGUUCUGCCUCUCCUCUGGUUAGAUAUCUUGGUUGGAUGGCAGUGUCUCGUAAUGCCAAACAAUAUCUGAAAGACCGCCUUUUCCUUGGUUCAGAUCUGUCCCAGUUGACAUAUUUGAUAUCAAUAUUUUCUGAUGAACUUUCUCUUGUAGACAAUAUUGUUGAUCAGAAAAACGACAAGCAGAAGACUGAAGAAUCAAGAGUUAGGGACACAGGCAAUGAGCAAGUGCUAGGACAUUCCAGUCAAGAAUAUGUGGAUCUAUCAUUUCAUGCUAUAUACCCUGAGAUUAGUCAGUUCUUUCCCGAUCUAAAGAAAGAGUUUGAAGCUUUUGGAGAAUCCAUACUAGAGGCUGUAAGGUUGCAGCUGAGAUCUCUAUCAUCGGCUGUGGUGCCUGAUCUGAUGUGUUGGUUUUCUGACUUGUGUUCAUGGCCUUUUCUAGGACAAGAACAAGGUCAACUUUAUUCUAAAAAGAAUCCUGAUAAUUUGAAAGGUUUUGUGGCAAAGAAUUCAAAGGCUGUUAUCCUGUUUGUGCUUGAAUCCAUUUUGUCUGAGCAUAUGGAAGCAAUAGUACCAGAAUUACCUAGGUUGGUGCAAGUUCUGGCGUCACUUUGUAGAAGCUAUUACUGUGAUGUGACGUUCCUUGAUUCUAUAUUGCAUUUACUAAAGCCAAUCAUAGCACAUUCUUUACAUAAGGUCUCUAAAGAAGAAAUCCAAUUGAGUGAUGAUUCAUGUUCUAAUUUUGAGUCUCUAUGCUUUGAUGAGCUUCUUGAUGAUAUUAGGCAGAACAAUAAUGAUCAAGGACAUCAAAAAAUUUAUUCCAGGGCAUUAACAAUUUUCGUUUUAGCCACAGUUUUUCCUGAUCUAUCCUUCCACUGCAAAAUGACAAUUUUGAAGUCCUCCCUCUGCUGGGCUGAUUUUGCUUCUUCUGAACUGAAGACUUCAUUUCAUGAUUAUCUUUGUUCCUAUCAGACCCUAAUGGAAAGUUGCAAAAACUUUUUGGUUGGGACAUCCAGAGUCUUGGGUAUCAUUCCUUUUAAGACAUCCCUCUAUUGUGAUGGAAGAGUAUGUGAAUCUCUCGAUGACAGCUCUGAGUCAUGCUCAUGGUUUCUUGGUGAUGUCUGUAACCUUGCUUCUUCGACUGAGGUUCCUGAGAACCUUGAAAAGGAAAAAGAUACUGCUGUUCACAUAAAUGAAAAGGAUUGUAAAUUGACUUCUGAAGAAAUAGUUGAAUUUUCAGAGGAGUUAGAGUGCCUCAUUAAUAAGCUUUUUCCAACGCUAGAUGAAUGCUGCAAGAUUCACCGUAAACUGGCAAAAAGGUUGGCUAUUACUUCGGCAGAGUGCUUUGUGUACUCAAAAUGCUUGUCAAUGUUCAGACAAAGGUUACUUGUGCCCUCGCAAAUUGAUAAGGAAGGUAUUAUGCCAACCAGUGCUGAAUAUGUAUCCAUGGAUUGCUGGAACGUCAGUCUACAAGAAUAUGCACAAAUGAUACUGGUGCUUCAGGAAAAACAUUGCUGGGAAGUUGCAUCAGUGAUGCUUGAUUGUCUACUAGGAGUGCCUGAAUGCUUCAGUUUAGAUGGUGUGAUUGAUAAACUCUGUUCUGCAAUAAUAAGCUUUUCUUCCAGGGCACCAAAUAUUGCCUGGCGGUUGCAGACUGAUAAAUGGCUGUCUUUCUUGCUAAGGAGAGGUACCCACCUUCUUCCCAACUGUGAAACUCCUAUAAACGAUGUGUUUGCUUCCAUGCUUAAGCAUCCGGAACCAGAGCAACGAUUUAUUGCACUUAAACACUUGAGGAAACUUAUGGGUGAAGAUGCAAAUGGUGGAGCAGCUUCUUUAUCUUUAAAGCCAACUGGUGGAGUAGCUUACUCAGACUUGGUUAUUUCUCCUGUGCCAAUAUUAUCAAGUCUGGUUGCUGGUAUGUGGGAUCAGGUGGCUUGCCUAGUGUCAUCUGAUACAUCACUUCUUUUAAGAACCCAUGCAAUGGCGCUUCUUCUGAACUGCAUACCUUUUGCUGGGCGGCAGAAGUUGCAGUCUUUUCUUGCAGCAGCUGAUCAGGCUCUCCCAAGCCUAGCAAAUCUGACACGGUCCACUUGUCAAGGCCCCGUAUCAAAAUUUUCUUUAGCACUCCUUGCAAAUUGUUGCUUGCAUUCUCCUGCUGAAGAUAUUUCUCUUAUACCUGAAAUUGUUUGGCAAAACAUUGAAUCUAUUGGAGUGCUGGAGAAUGAAAGCUGUCCUUUGAGCUUGGAGAGAAGGGCUUGCCAAGCCUUAUGUAGGUUGAGAGCUGAAGGGGAUGAGGCUAAGCAGAUGCUGCAAGAGGUGCUCUCUUCAGCUUCUCCAGAACAACUUGAUCCAGACUUUAGAAGUACACGCGAAUCAAUCCUCCAGGUUAUGUCCAACUUUACAUCUGUCCAAUCAUACUUUGAUUUCUUCCAUAAAGAAAUGGAUAAAAAGUGCUUGGAAUUUGAGGAAGCUGAGAUUGAAAUGGAACUUCUUCAGAAAGAGCAUGCCUCACCAGAAUCAGCUAAUGAUAUUAAAGAUUGGCAUCGGCUUCCUUUUCUAGCUGACUGUGCAAAGGAUGAUAACCGUCUGCAGCAAAUCAAGAAUCACAUUAGAUCUCUAGAGAAGACAAAACUCAGAGAGGAGAUUAUAGCUCGCAGGCAAAGGAAGCUACUUCUAAAGCGUGCCCGUCAGAAGUACAUAGAAGAGGCUGCUUUACGAGAAGCAGAACUUCUUCAAGAACUUGAUAGAGAGAGGACUUCUGAAGCAGAAAGGGACGUCGAGAGACAGCAGCUGUUGGAACUUGAGCGUGCAAAAACCAGGGAACUGCAGCAUAAUCUUGAUAUGGAGAGGGAGAAGAAUACACAGAGAGAACUCCAGCGGGAGCUUGAACAAGUGGAAUCUGGAAACCGACCAUCACGGCGGGAAUUUCCCUCGUCCACUCAUAGUAGACCAAGAUAUCGGGAGAGAGAAAAUGGCAGAGCAGUAGGUGAAGGUAACUUGAGAGGAAGUACUGGCAGUAUGCAAUCUGAGACUGCUACUACAAGUUCUUCCAUGGCAACAAUGCCGAAAGUUGUUCUAUCAGGGGGUAGGCAAUUUUCAGGCCAAAUACCAACCAUUCUACAAUCACAAGAUAGGCCAGAUGAUUACAGCAGUACUUAUGAAGAAAAUUUUGAUGGAAGCAAGGACUCAGGUGACUCAGGUAGCAUCGGUGAUCCAGAUUUGGUUUCAGCUCUUGAGGGACAAUCGAUUGUUUCGGGGUCCUCUCUAAGGCAUGGAUCUAGAGGUGGCAAACCUCGGCAGAUUAUGGAGCGAAGAGAACGAGAGAGCAGACGAGAAGGAAAAUGGGAAAGAAAACAUUGACAAGAUAUUUGCAUGAUUGUAUGUAUGUAUUGUUACCUGAAGUUUCUGCAAUUAACUCCCAUGAUCUCUCUCUGUAUCCUCAAAAGAGAUGAUGCAUUGCUGUGGUAGACCAUAUCAGCAGAUGCCCGUCUCAAGGUGAGGCAAGUUUCAUGAGCUUAGGAAAUUAGUUUGGUAGAUUUUGUUACAAUUCUUCUUUCAAUCAAUUGAUUUGUGUUUAUAGGUGCUGUAUAAUACACAUUAAAUUGUAUUCGCUGUUGUGAUGUAAAAUAUAAAUAUAGGAUUAGCUAAGCAUGUGUCUUGAUUGAAGUAUAGAUUUACUUGUAAAUCUGGUGUUGCAGCAUUUUUUUUUCAUGUGAAUUACUUCUUAAUCUCUAUGCUCAGGUCAUAUAAUAAUUGAUAGACUGAUA